AUGGACGACGCGUUCGCGAACAUAGCAAGCUUUUUGGGCCCAAACGCGGCACUGCCGCCCGCUCCCGCGCGGCGCGCAGCCGCGCCGGCCGCACCGCCGCGGCCGCAAGCAGCGGCGAGGGCCGCACCGCUGCUGCCAGCCCUCGAAGAAGCAAAAGCGCCGCCGCGCGUCCGCGCCGUCGUCUUCUCGAAAGACCGCGCGUUCCAGCUGCGGUGCCACCUGCGCUCGCUAGCGCGCGCCCAGCCCACCGAGGUCUUCGUGCUCUGGCGCGCGGAAGGAGAUACCUCGGCGAAAGCGUACGCCACUGUGCAAGCCGAGUUCCCGUCGCACCGAUUCCUCUGCGACGGCGAUGCUGGGCCGGCGGCGAACCUCGCGAUCGCGCUCGCCGACGCCGAGUUCGUAUGGUUUCUCGUCGACGAUGCGCUCGUCGUCGAAAGCUUUGAUGUCGUGGCGGCGGCGACUGCGCUGCGACGCGACGAUUGCCUGCUCGCAGUGCAUGCUAGACUCCAUCCCGGCGUGACGUGGUGUCAUCCCCAGGAUGCGCCCUGCGCCCCGCCGGCGGUGUUCGACGUCGUCGGCGGGGACGUCGGCAAGGCGCCCGCGCUCCUCGCGUUCGACCGGAGUGGGUUGUCGGGCGACUGGUCGUACGCUUGGGAUUUAGCCGGUGGGCUGUAUCGCGGCACCGAUGCGAGCGCCGUCGUCCGAGACAUCGUGCGCCCAGGCCCAGGAAACGACGCCGCGGCGCAUCCGAACCGCCUCGAGGCAAAUGGCAACGCUGCGUUGCGGCGUCUCGGGCUCACCUCGCAACGCCCGAGGAGCGCCUGUCCUGCGGUCAAGGCGCUGGUCAUCGUCACGGUGAACCGUGUCCAAGACGUCUACUCGGCGCCCGUCUAUGACGCGACACCAGCGCCGUCGCUCGACGCGCUCGACGCCCUCGUCGACGACGCGGCGGCCGAUCUGGACGUUGCCAUGUACGCCAAGACGAGCCACGACUCGGCGCACGUCGGAGACUGGUUUCCUUCGCCUCAAGAACGACCGUCAAAGCCGCCGCGCGUCUCCGUGCUCAUCGCCGCGAAGAACGAGGAAGCGACGAUCGUAGAUGCGGUGAGAUCGGCGCUGGACGAGGGGGACAUAGUCGAGGAGGUCGUGGUAAUUGACGACCACUCGACGGAUGGCACGCGCGCUGCCGUGGCAGCGAUCGAUGAUGCACGCGUCCGGGUCCUAGAAAGUUCGGGCCACGGACUCGCCGAAGCUUUAAAUUUCGGGCUGAAAAUGUGCUCGUGCGAUGUCGUGGCGCGGCUCGACGCCGACGACGUCUUCGCGGCCGGCCAACUCAACCGCCAUGUUGCGAGGUUCGCGGAUUUGAGGCGAAGAGGGCGGGUCGCCGCGUGUGGGGGCGCAGCCGUGAGUUGGUGGCCCGACGGCGCACGGGCGCCGCUGCUUCGUUCGCGCUCGGGUGACGCCGAGUGGUCGCUGCUCUUCUCCUGUUGCGUGGCGCACCCGACCGUGCUGCUGGACCGACGCGCUGUGCUGAACCUAGAUGGCUACGCGAGCGCGGCCGAGCCUGCCGAGGACUACGACCUCUGGCUCCGCGCCGCCGACGCGGGCGCGGGCGUGGCCAACGCCUCGGACAUUCCGCGGACAUGGCUCCGGAAGCGUUCCACGAGCGUGUCGGCGGCGCGGCGCGCGGCGCAAGAGGCCGCCGCCGACGCCGCCGUCGCGCGCUCCAUUGGAAGGAGGCUCGGCACGGAGCCGCCGCCCGCCGUCGUGUCCGCAAUGCGGCGGCCCGCGACGUGCGAAAGCGCCGACGCGCUCGACGGCGCCGCCGCGCUCCUGUCGUCGCUGCGCGCACGCGCGGUCGCCGCCCUGGCCGAAGACGCGCGCGCCACAAAACGCGUCGACGCCGACGCGUCGCAGCGCCUUGCCGAGCUCCAGGCCUGCGGACUGCGCCUCGGACGCGUCCUCGGCGUCGCCGACGGGAAGAUGGAAGCGCUUCGAGGAUUGUGUGCGGCGGCAUCGCUAAAGUAG